UUAAAAGUAACGUUUGGCCUAUUCGAUGAGAAGUUAACGAGACUAAAAUGUCAGUAAACAGCGGGAGCGGAUAAAAUGCGGAUAGAAUCAUGGAAUUUCUGGAAGUGAUAGCCUAUUUUAAAACAAUCUGACCGGAGCUGGAUGAUUCCCAAUAUUGGAUUUGGACAACAAUCCUUGGAUUUAAUCCCAGUGACUGAUUUAAAUCUUAUGAGCUGAUGGAGUAUUUUCCCAAAUCAUUGCUAGUUCGUUUAAAGCUCGCUUAACCCCAAAACGUCAGUUUAUCGGGCGCGCUCCGUUUGAGAGGAACUGGCAAAUUAAAGCGCAUCUUGCCGGUAUGGUGCGCCUGCUGAAUUGCCUAGUCUUGGGGUACUUGACAUGGAAUCUGCGGAUAUCUGAUGCCCGGGGAGAGUACUGUCACGGCUGGCUAGACAGCAGUGGGAAUUACCAUGAGGGCUUUCAGUGUCCGGAGGACUUUGAUACGGCGGACGCGACGGUGUGCUGCGGGAGCUGCUCGCUGCGCUACUGCUGCGCGGCCCCGGACGCGCGUCUCGAUCAGGGAACCUGCACGAACGACAGAGAAGUGGAGAACGACACGCAAUAUGCUGCCCAGCCCAUCUACGUGCCCUUUCUGAUGGUGGGCUCCAUCUUCGUGGCGUUUGUAGUGGUGGGCUCUCUGGUGGCCGUGUACUGCUGCACCUGCCUGCGACCCAAGCAACCCACCCAGCAGCCGAUCCGCUUCUCGCUGCGCAGUCAGGGCGAAACCAUCCCCAUGAUCUUCACCACGGCUCCUCCCAGCCUGCGCACGCCGUCCCGCCAGUCCAGCACGGCCACCACCAGCUCCAGCUCAGCGGGAGGAGGGAGUUCAGUCCGUCGCUUCUCCCUGGGCCGGGCUGACACGCUGGGGCAGUGUUCGCAACAGCAGCUCCUGAUGGUCUCGUCCUCCUCAGCGUCCACUCCUGUGUCCGUGACCCCGACGCAGCCCUUAUUGCCUCCACCACCUUACACCUCCCAGCAGGGCCUACAGGCCAGUAACUCUCUCCAACACACACACGGUCACAGCCAGUUACAGAUGCACCACCAGACCCUGCAAAGCUCCGGGUUCCUCCUGCCACAACAAUACUUCUUUCCUCUCCCGCAGGAACCGUUCUCUGGGAACAAGGGAUUUGCUGACUUCAGCCAGAGCUGACCUGGGCUUCUCAGCUGCUCGAAAAGGAGACGAACACCAAAGAGCCGGUCAUUCACAAUGCCCUGUUGUAGACUCAUAUUACAGGGGCUCCCGCACAAGGAAACAGGCACUAAUACGUCUUUCAGCGAGCUUGACUGGCACUUGUGAGACCGCAGCUGGAAUUUGAGAGCCGUGUGGAGCGCUUAAGCUGCUGAGAUAGUGGACUAUCAAUCUGACAGACACUCAAGUGCUGGACACAACACACCAGAACAUGGACGCCUACUUCAAAGCACCUAUAUCUACAAUUGAUCAUAUCUUGUAUGCACUUCCAAUCUGUUUCUAUGAUAAAAGACGUCUUAUUUUUGAAAAACUCCAGCUGGUCGACACUCCACUGAACAUUUAGCCUUUGUAUUUGAGGUCAUUCUAUAUAAUUACACAUUAAGGAAGAACGACAGAUUAUAAAGACAUUUUUCUUGACAAUCUCAGUCCCAUUUUAGGGGUCGUGCACACAAAUAGUGCCAUGUAUGAAUGAGGGUUUUAUAGAAAUGGUAUUAGAUUAAAGGUUUAAUUACCAGACUGAGACAAAGAUUGUUCAUAAUGUUUAAAACAGGCAUUCAUCAUGUGUUACUCUCGCUAAUA